GUAUAAUCGUCUCAUUGGCGAUAUCUCCUCUUCUCAUCUCUCUGACAUCCCCAAAAGAGAGCAAACACACGCCUUUCUCUUCAAGAAGCCUCACAAAUCUUCACCUGAAUCCCAAAAAGGUUGAGUCUUUUAAAAGAAGCCAUGUCUCAUAUGGUGUUUCAGAGCAGCGUCGUCGCUCCAAAACCCUUAUCUCCACUCAAACCCUUAUCUUUACUACCAAUCCCUCGCUCUAUCUCCACUCUCCCUUGUAACCUCCGUCGUCGCGGCAACGGCUUCAUCGUCAGAGCUUCCUCCUCUUCCCUUAUCGACUCCGUCGGAGACUCAGUUUCGGGUCUCGAACGAUGCUUACAGCUGCAAUUCAGCAGCGAGUUAGGCACUUCUUCUUCCUCUCCAAGUGCUCAGAUGUGUCCGGAGAUGAAAGGUGGGAAGUUUGGUUCCGUCGGAGCUGUAACUUUGGAAAAAGGAAAACUUGAUAUGACCCAGAAGAAAGUCGAGUCAAGCCCUGAGAUUGCAACUGGAGGUGGAGGUGGAGACAUUGGGAAGAUAGUUAAUUUCGGUGGUGGCGAUGGAGGGGACGAUGAUGGUGAUGAUGAUGAUUACUUUGAUGAAUUUGAUGAUGACGAUGAUGGUGAUGAAGGUGGACUCUUUAGGCGUAGGAUGUUUCUUGCAGAGCUAUUUGAUAGGAAGUUUGUUGAUGCUGUGUUGAACGAGUGGCAAAAGACAAUGAUGGAUUUGCCUGCUGGCCUCCGUCAAGCAUAUGAAAUGGGUUUGGUCAGCUCAGCACAAAUGGUUAAGUUUCUUGCUAUUAAUGCUCGUCCUACAACAACCAGAUUCAUCUCCCGUGCUCUUCCUCAGGGAUUGUCUAGGGCCUUUGUUGGCAGGAUGUUGGCGGAUCCUUCAUUUCUCUACAGACUUCUUUUGGAGCAAGCUGCCACGGUUGGAUGCUCAGUUUGGUGGGAGGUGAAGACUCGUAAGGAAAGAAUAAAAGAGGAAUGGGAUCUUGCACUCAUUAAUGUUCUUACCGUAUCAGCAUGCAAUGUAGCUGCUGUUUGGCUGCUUGCUCCAUGUCGUUCUUAUGGGAAUACAUUUAGGUUUGACCUGCAGAAUACACUGCAGAAGCUACCAAAUAACGUAUUUGAGAUGAGUUAUCCGCUUAGAGAAUUUGACCUGCAGAAGAGGAUUCAUUCUCUUUUCUACAAGGCUGCAGAGUUAUCCAUUCUUGGAGUGGCCACAGGAACUCUCCAGGGUUCGUUGUCAAACUUUCUCGCUGGAAAGAAGAAAAACAGAGUAUCAGUGACGGUCCCAUCAAUCACCACGAACGCGCUUGGUUAUGGUGCCUUUCUUGGAUUAUAUGCAAACUUGAGAUACCAGCUAUUGUGCGGGUUUGAAAGAGCAAUGAGCAACCACUUUGAUGUUAUCGGAGUAGCUCUCUUCUUUGGCACUGCCGUGAGGAUUAUGAACGUUCAGUUAGGGGAGAGAUCAAGACAAGUAUGGCUAGGUGUGGAGGCAGACCCGCUGGCUCAGUCUGAUGAACUGCUGGCAAAAGCAUACAACCGGUCCUCAGAGGAAGCAGCAGCAAAGCCAGCUUCAAGAUGGUUCAUCUCAAAGAAUGCAAUAGUCUCAGGACUACUUGGUAUGAAGCAACAGGACUCAGCUUCAGAUUCUCCACCUCCAAAGGCUCGGCGAAAGAGGAUUGUACGGAAGAAGGUGGCUGCAUCUGCCUCUUAACUAACCUUCAAAAAUGUCAAAGAGCAACAGGGGAAGUUGUGUUGUUUUCAUUUUGAGGCACACUAAGUUUUGUUGCCAGAGAAGAGUGGAAGUGAUCACCAAACUGCGAGAUGGUAAGAAAAAUUCUAUAGCUUUUUGUUCUUAAUGACUAUCUCUCAAAAGUCUUUCAAUUUCUUUUGAGAAAAGACAUCAAUAUUUUUAGGUGUUGUUAUGUUAUAUCUGGUCAGAUCUAAAACAUGUCAUUCUGUAAUUUCUCAGUUUUUUUUCUAAUAAAUAGCCACAUCUUUUAAAUCCUUGGUGUUUCUCA